CAGUAGGUCGUGAGAGACAUUGCCCUCCUAUCAGCACCAUGCCAAGUCAACUCCAGAGUGCCAUGGACGCACUUAUAACAGUUUUCUACAAAUACUCCGGGAACGACGGCGACAAAUACAAGCUCAACAAGGGAGAGCUGAAACAGCUACUGAACAGUGAACUCACUGACUUUCUCAUGGUAAAGAAGCUGUUUCAUAUUCAUAAUUUAUCAAUCUCAACAUAGUUUCACAAUGUUUUGGUAUUCUCUUCACUAGACAGUAUUUAGCAAUUGAAAGGCCCCUAAACAUGGGUAUAUUUCUGAGUUGACACUAUUAUUUGUGAAUCAAAUAAAAUAAAAAUGUAUUGGUCACAUGCACCGAAUACAACAGGUGUAGACUUUACAGUGAAAUGCUUGCUUACGAGCCCAUUCCCAGCAAUGCAGAGUUAAAAAGGUAAGACAAAUAUUUGCUAAAUAAAAAAGGAAAUAGUAACACAAUAAAAACAAUAAUGAGUCUAUAUACAAGGAGUACCAGUCCUGAGUCAAUGUGCGAGGUAGUUGAGGUAAUUGAGGUAAUACAGUAAGUACAUGUGGGUAGGGGUAAAAGUGAUUAGGGAAUCAGGAUAUAUAAUAAACAGAGUAGCAGCAGCAUAUGUGAAGAGUGUGAAAGUGUGUCUAUGUGUGAGUGUGUGUGUAGCGUCAAUAUGCAUGUGUGUGUGUUUUUUGUGUGUAAGCGAAUUGUGUGUGUGUGUUGGAGUGUCAGUGUAGUAUGUGUGCCUGUGUGGGUAGAGUCUGAAUAGAAAACAAUAACUGUAUAAUUUAUAUUUAUAUCAAUCUGUUUUUAUUUGGCACCAUAUCGUAAGAAGUGUCACAAGUUAACUGUAAGUCGCUAUGGAUAAUUUAAAUUGCCCUCUCCUCCUCACAGUGACAUGUUUGUGAAUAGAUGUACCACAUUAGCUGUGUGUUGAACCUCAAAUAAUAAGUUAGCUGUCUUUAAUUACAAACCUCCUUGUGACAUUUAGCCCACACAUUUAGAUAAAUCAUAACAGCACAUAACAUCCGGCCGUCGUUAUGUUAAACAAAAUUAUAAUUAUUGGAAAUGGUUUGGUUUAGUGAAGUGUGACCUUUUCAACUUGUAUUCUUUCCUUCCAUUAAUUUCAUGAUGAACAUUAGUGAUGUUUAUGCUGUACUUGGAUAUGUUGGGGGGCUUUUUGAUGCUACUUGAUUACACAUUGAGACUUGAAAGAUGAAUUAGACAACCAAGUACAUACUGAAUUUGCAAAUGUCCAGCAUUUAAAAACAGACUCACUCAUGUCAGGAUUGUAGAAAUCCAUGUGGUCUGUUGUGUUAAUUUAUUCAAAUUAUAGACCUACUACACAAUAUUUACAUGAUUCUCAGAGACGUGGCGAUGUUGUUUUUCUGUUCUUCAAUAUGCCUCAGUGGCUAGAAAGCAUACAAUUACACUCUUAGAAAAGGGGUUUUUCCAAAAGGGUUCUUCGGCUGUCCCCGUACAUGGAACCCAAAAGGGUUGUACCUGGAACCAAAAGGGUUGUACCUGGAACCAAAAGGGUUCUACCUACAACGAAAAGGGUUAUUCAAAGGGUUCUCUUAUGGGGACAGCCAAAGAACCCUUUAAGGUUCUAGAUAGUACCUUUUUUCUAAGUGUGUAGAACAUUGUUGAUUAAGAGAAUGGUAGAGUUCUCUAGUUUUUCAAAAAGGAAGGUAAGAAGGAAACAUUAAUGCAAAGGGACCUUAUUUGACAUUUAUCCUUCUACAUUACGCUGGAUUAGUUUAGCCGCUGUGAAGUUUUGAUUUCUGGUUUAGUUGAGUAUAAGUCUCUUGCUUUUGUAACUUUGUGAAAGCAGGCAAGAUAGUAGUUCCUCUUCACUGCCCUCUGUGAUUGUAGUAGGUUGUUGUAGAUAACCUACCAUGCUGUAGUGGCCAUGACGGUGCAGAGGAGUGGACAGGUGUGUGUGUAUGUGUGUGCAUGUGCAUGUGCACGUGCGUGUGCUUGUGCUCGCACACGUGUGUGUGUGUGUGUGUGUGUGUGUGUGUGUGUGUGUGUGUGUGAAUAGUAAACAUUAUUUUUUUUUUUACCAACUGGGGACAUUUUGUUAGUCCCCACAAGGUCAAAUGCUAUUUGUAGGGUGUUUAUGGUUAAGGUAGAAUUAGUGUUAGGUUUAGUUUUAGGGUUAGGGUCAUGGUUAAGGUUAGGUUUGGAGGUUAAGGUUAGGGUUAGGGUUAAGGUUAGGUUUUUGGGGUUAAGGUUAGGGUUAGGGUUAGGGUUAGGGAAAAUAGGAUUUUGAAUGGUUAUAAAUUGUGUUCCCACAAGGUUAGUUAAACAAGACUGUGUGAAUGCGAGUGUGUUUGGGGAGUGAACCCGCCUGUCUGUGUUCUAAUGGAUGAGCUUCAUACUGUGAGAGAUGGAGUGAGGGGUUGAAGAGACAAAUCUCUCCCCCUCCGUUUUUUCUCUCUACAUCUUCUCCCUCCCUCUGAUGGAAGGAAGCCUCAGGUGCCUACGCAUCAUCACCAGUGACCCAUAUCACCUCCAAAUAUAGACUUGGACUACUCUCUUCUGAUGUCACUAGUCUCCACCCACCGACGUGCCUCUGACAAGUAUAGAGACUGGUAACAGUUGAAUACACAUUCAGGACGCGCCACAAAUGGCACCCUAUUCCUUAUUUAGUGCACUACUUGUCAAAGUGCCAUUUUGGACAGAGACUCAUACUGUCGUUUCAUAUCCUGAGGACAACAUUGAGCUAAUUAUGUGAUUUAUUUCUGUAACCUAUCACUGAGUAACUCUUUCACUGAUCACAGUCACACUGUAUGCUGAGGCGAUAGAUAUUACUGCUUAUUUAGAUCCAUUGUUGUCACCUUGGGGCCAAAUACUGACUUUUCAUUUACAUUUGCACAUAUACAGUCAAGCUGUGUGUGUGUGUGGUGUGUGUGUAUGUGUGUGUGUGUGUCUUACAUACCUCCAUUAGCUCCAUGGCACCACAGGGCUCUGUAUCACGGGCUGACUUGGCUUGACUGACAGAAACCAUCCAACAGUCACCAUCUCACACACACACAAGGGCACACACACACCUCUGAUGGUUCUCAGUUUAUGGGUCAUUGAUUAUCGCCACCGUCACUCUGGCUUCCAAUGGACAUUGGCUGUGUGGUGUGGUGCCCUGCUGUGCUGUGCGGUGCCCAGUCAGUGCCUUAGGCAGUCUAACAUCCGGGAUGGGGCUCCAGCACCAUGAAUCCAAUGACUCAGAGCCUGAGGCGUCUCUCCUCAGAUCUCCCCCAUCUCCAUCUCAGAUCUCUGGCUGGGAGAUUGACACAGGGCCUAAUUGCAGCCUGCUGUCCUGAGGGGACUUAUUUAUUGGCCAGGCAGCUGAAUCUAGACCGGUCAAUGGGCGACAUGAGACACGAUUCAGGACGGUCUAUUUCCUGUUGAGUAGAGUAGUAGAGUGAGUCGGAGGCCUGGAGUAAGCUCAGUGGAACAGAACACAUUAGAGUCAUAGUCUAGAAGAUUUGCUGCUGUUCAAUGGUUGUUUUAAUUAUGAGAUAUGCCUAAAUCUUUAGACUCAAAACUAUGUCGAUCUCAUGGACUGUCAGUCCUUGCAUCCAUAGAUCUGUAUAUGAAUUUGAGAGUGUUUACAUUCCCCUAGCCCCGUCCUUCAGAUUAUCAAAUUGACGGUAUCAAGGUUUUAAAUUAUUUGAUUGGUGGAUAGCUCUUUGAUUCAUUGAUUUAAUGAUUGAUUGAUUAAUUGUUGUUUGUUUUCAUUUCCAGUCUCAGAAAGACCCCAUGCUGGUGGAGAAGAUCAUGAAUGAUCUGGAUUCCAACAAAGACAACGAGGUGGACUUUAAUGAGUUUGUGGUUCUGGUGGCGGCCCUGACCGUAGCCUGCAACGACUUCUUCCAGGAGAAGCAGAAGAAGAAAGCCAACUAACAGUUAAGUCCGAAAUGGCUUCCCCUUGCCUAUUUAGUGCACUACUAUUGGCCAAAGUCUCAUAGGGCUAUGACCGGUCUACAGUCGUGGUCAAAAGUUUUGAGAAUGACACAAGUAUUGGUCUUCACAAAGUUUGCUGC